AUGAAAGCAGAAAAGAGAAUAGGAGGCUCUACUUUACUAUGCGCCCUGCUAGCGUGCAGGUGCAAUGCCACUAUGGAGAGCAGCACAGUAAGCGCUGCAAACACGCUAUCUACGCCGAGCAUCAUGCACAUCCCUACACAUGAGAUAGUUCCGCCCUUUAUAGGCCUUUCCCGAAUCAGCUCGGAGAAACAGGACUUUUCAGAGGAGGAUCAAGCCCACAUGAGCACGCACACGGGCGAAGAAGACAGCUCGAACGAGAAACAUCGGUUUGCAGGCAACGUCCUCUUCCAGAAGGAAAAAGGCCUUGAGGGGAAGAAUAUCCUGGAGAGAGCUGCAGAAGUUUACAAGGCAAAGACGCCAUUGCUUGGAACUUCGCACCUGCACGUUCCAGAAGGCUCCCUGGAGAAGCACAUGAUGAGCCUGGAGGGAUCCUGGCUUGCGAAGUUCCCUAUUGAGGGGACCUUCCAGGGCAUCAUCAUGCGAAACAUGGAGUACGCCUACUCCAGCUUAAACGGCCAAGCAGAGGAGGACUCCGAGGAGGAUGCAGAUCCCACGAAGUUUACGAUGAACAACAUUAUCACUAUGCUGGACAUGGGCCAAUUGAAGGCCGUGUCGGAGAUUAACUCAGCCAGGAUAGCAGAGGCCUCGCUGAAGUUCAUCCAGCAGAGAGAGUAUACAGACAGCCCGGACUUAGCGGAGGCAAUAAAGAGCGGGCUAAGCAUCGUCGAGAGCAACAUCCAUGCAAGCAAGCAGGAAAUAGAGAAUGCGCACUACCAGGAGAGGCUGGCUCUCUACACGUACAAGCUGAGGCCUAUAGGCAGGAAGAAGCGAAGGUUUGCAGGCAAGAACUCGCACAUACUCUUCCCAAACCACGAGGAAGCCCCGAAAAAGACGCGCAGCACAAAAGGGGAGGAAGACGCAGAGAUGGCGUACGCCCGACUCACUAAAUGGGCCAAGUUCAAGCAGCUCAUGCAGCUGAACAUUCUCCACCAGAUGAUGGGCCUAAUUAUGAACACGGAAGAGUCCAUCCGAAUUCUGGUCAAUGACUCUUUGCACGCCCAGGACCUCAAAGACUUCAUAAAAAGUGUUUGGGUUGAGGUGUACGUGGCGAUGGGAACAGCCCUAAAAAUAAACCCGAAUAUGCUUGCAGAUCCGCGCAUAGAGCAGAGCGACAAACUCAUAGGCUCAAUUCUAGAGUCGUGCACCCAGAUGCUGAACCUUUUCCAGCGCUACAUGCACCGAGAGUUUGAGGAGGUGUACAGCGUCCUCGAGGAAGAGAGGAGAGCUCACUGCAGGGACAGAAUCCAGCGCCUGCUCGAGUACAUGGCGUACCAGAAGAGGUAUUGGUCUGAUGCGAUAGAAACCAUCCACAAAGCCCGAUUCUUCUUCAGCAGCCGCGCAGAUGCAAAGUCCGUGUACUCCCACAUGCUCCGAAAGUUCGAGGGAAAAACCUUGGGGGAGCGCGAGGAUGCGAUGUUCAAGGCGCACGGGAAGGCUGACCUGCAGAAGAUCAAAGAUCUGGGCCGAUUCUACGAGCUGGAAGACUACGAAUUCGAUCAGGCUCUGGCUGAGUUUGGCGAGACCGGGAGAAUCAUAACGCUGGUCAUAGACGACGGCGUGCCCAAGCCAAAGUCUAUCUCUAAAUAG